UGAACGUUGUGUUUGGAUCACAAGAGUGUGUAGGGUUUUGGGUUGGUCCUUUUCUGAAGCGAUCAGGUUGAUUAGUGAUUACACCCAAUUGGCCCCUUUUUUUGAAAGAUUUGAAGCCACUUGAUUUGGAUGAAAAUUUUGAUAACCCAUCAAACGUAUUUGAUCUGUUGUGGAAGAGUCGUUGAGAGCUAAAAAGUUGAAAUAACUUGACCUCUUUAAAAUUGGUGCAGGAAUUGAACUUCAGAGGUCCUUGCAAUGGCAGCGAAUUCUUCUGAUGGAGAUCACCAUACAACACUAAAGCAACCUCCCUUGCCAUCUCCUUUACGUUUCUCCAAAUUCUUUCAGUCCAACAUGAGAAUCUUGGUUACGGGAGGAGCUGGAUUCAUUGGUUCUCACCUAGUUGAUAGAUUGAUGGAAAAUGAAAAAAACGAGGUCAUUGUUGCUGAUAACUACUUCACUGGAUCGAAGGACAACCUCAAAAAAUGGAUUGGUCAUCCAAGAUUUGAGCUAAUACGCCAUGAUGUCACUGAGCCUUUGAUGAUUGAGGUUGAUCAGAUCUACCAUCUUGCAUGCCCCGCAUCUCCUAUUUUCUACAAAUAUAAUCCUGUGAAGACAAAUGUGAUAGGCACACUGAACAUGCUUGGACUCGCAAAACGAGUUGGAGCAAGGAUUUUACUUACAUCAACUUCGGAGGUAUAUGGAGAUCCUCUUGUGCAUCCCCAACCUGAAAGCUAUUGGGGCAAUGUAAACCCUAUUGGAGUUCGUAGUUGCUAUGACGAGGGGAAGCGUGUGGCUGAGACUUUGAUGUUUGAUUAUCAUAGGCAGCAUGGAAUAGAAAUACGCGUUGCAAGAAUCUUUAACACAUACGGGCCACGCAUGAAUAUUGAUGAUGGACGUGUUGUAAGCAACUUCAUUGCUCAAGCACUACGUGGUGAACCAUUGACAGUCCAAUCUCCAGGAACACAAACUCGCAGUUUCUGCUAUGUCUCUGAUCUGGUUGAUGGGCUUAUCCGUCUCAUGGAGGGAUCAGACACUGGGCCAAUCAACCUUGGAAACCCAGGGGAAUUUACAAUGGUUGAACUGGCUGAAACUGUGAAGGAGCUUAUAAAUACGGAUGUGAAGAUAAAUAUAGUGGACAACACUCCUGAUGAUCCGCGACAGAGGAAACCAGACAUAACGAAAGCAAAGGAAUUGCUUAACUGGGAACCAAAGGUCAAGCUGCGAGAUGGCCUUCCUCUUAUGGAAGAGGAUUUCCGGUUGAGGCUUGGAGUUGACAAAAAAAAUUAACUUAUUUUCGCUCCUUUUGUGUCAUUUCAAAAUAGAUAAUAAAUGGAUCAGUUUUUAU